CCAUGUCCUCGCCACCCUGGCUGGGUCAAAAAAUCUUUGGCAAACUGGACUUGGCCCAAGCGUAUCAACAGUUGCCUGUGGACGAAGCCACAGCAGAGGCUCAGACGAUUGUGACGCACAGAGGGGCAUUCAGAGUAAAGCGGCUGCAAUUUGGCGUUAGCGUGGCACCAGGCAUAUUCCAGAAUUUAAUGGACUCUCUCCUUAAAGGGAUUCCUGGCGUCACCCCUUUCUUCGAUGAUGUACUGAUCGCCGGGCCCACACCAGAGGAAUUUGAGGACCGCCUCCGCUCCGUCCUGCACCGUUUCCAGACGGCGGGCCUCAAGGUGAAGCGGGAAAAGUGUUUACUGGGAGUGCCGCAGGUGGACUUUCUGGGAUUUAAGGUGGACGCAGAAGGGGUCCAUCCAACCGGUGACAAGGUACGGGCCAUUUGUGAGGCCCCAGCGCCCAAGAGCAAGCCCGAACUUCAGUCAUUCUUGGGACUAUUGAACUUUUACCAUGCCUUCCUUCCCCAUAAGGCAGCGGUAGCGGAGCCCCUACACAGACUCCUAGAUAAAAGGGCCCCUUGGGUGUGGGGCCAGCGACAAAGGGCCGCAUUCCAGGCAGUCAAGGACUUGCUCGUCUCGAACUCGGUCUUGGCACACUUCGACGAGAGGCUGCCAGUGGUGCUGGCAUGCGACGCCUCUCCCUAUGGCAUCGGUGCUGUCCUGGGACACCAACUCCCGGAUGGAAGAGAGGUGCCGGUGGCAUACUUCUCCCAGACUCUUGCUGCAGCCGAACGAAACUACUCACAGAUUGACAAGGAGGGUCUGGCAAUCGUGAAGGGCGUAAAAAAAUCCCAUGAUUUCUUGUACGGGCGGCCCUUUACCAUAGUGACUGACCACAAGCCGUUGCUUGGCCUGUUUGCCCCCGAGAAGCAGACCCCCCAAGUGUUGUCUCCACGUGUCCUCAGGUGGUCAAUUUUCCUUGCCGGCUACCAGUAUGCACUAAUCCACCGCCCUGGGAAGGCGAUGGGCCACGCAGACGCCCUCAGCAGGCUACCACUACCAGAAACAGGCCCCGACCCAGCGCCUGCGCAAGAGGUUAUGACCCUGGAGCUGCUUCCUGACCGACCCAUUCAGGCACAAGAAGUUGCGCACCAUUCCACAAAAGAUAGGGUCAUCUCCCGGGUCCUGGACUGGGUGUGGCGAGGAUGGCCCAGCAGCAGCCCCGGGCCAGAAUUCGCCGGCUACACAAACCGCAAACAUGAACUGUCGGCCCACAAGGGGUGCCUGUUAUGGGGAAGCAGGGUUGUUGUUCCCCAGCCCCUCCGCAAAAGGGUCCUUACAGCCCUACACGAGACACACCCAGGGGUAGUGAGGAUGAAGGCCCUUGCCAGGAGUUAUGUGUGGUGGCCGGGGAUUGACAGAGAGAUAGAGGCCUGGGUCCAACACUGCAAGACCUGCCAAGAAUCCCGCCCGGAUCCCCCAAGGGCCCCAGUCCAGCCCUGGGAGUCCGCCCGACAUCCAUGGUCACGCUUGCACGUGGACUUCGCUGGCCCCUUCCAGGGAAAAACAUUCUUCAUAGUGGUGGAUUCCUACACCAAAUGGCUGGAGGUCGCACUGGUACCGUCCACUUCUACGGCGGCAGCCAUCCGGGUACUACGUAAGCUUUUUGCAACCCACGGGCUCCCUGACACCCUCGUCUCGGACAAUGGAACCGCAUUCACGUCAGAGGAGUUCCAGACCUUCACAGCGCAGAACGCCAUCCGCCACAUCCGCUCAGCACCAUUCCACCCUGCCACCAAUGGCCAAGCGGAGCGCAUGGUGCGGACCACCAAGGACAGCCUCCGCCGCAUGACACAAGGGGACUGGGAAUACCGCCUUGCCGCAUUUCUUCUAGCACAGCACAGCACCCCAAGCACAACGACGGGCCGGAGCCCAGCUGAACUACUAAUGGGCCGGCGCCUUGCAACUAGACUGGACCGACUUCACCCCGACAGAGCUCAGGAUGAGGUAGUGGUGGGGAAAGGCAGGAACCCCCGGACAUUUGUGGCCCAGGACGCAGUGUACGCAAAGAAUUUUGGGGCAGGCCCAGCAUGGGUACCCGCCACAGUCACCAAGGUGACCGGUCCCGUGUCGUACGAGGUACUAACGGAAGGGGGGCAAUGUUGGCGCCGCCACUGCGACCAGCUACGGCGACGAUUCCCAGGAGGAACCCGGGAGGAGAGCGGGACAGAGGGGUCCCAAGGGGACAGCAGGGCAGUGAGGCCUGUAGAGCGAGAGGGGUGGGCAGGGGAAGCAGAAGCAGUAGGCACAGAGGGGCGCCCCGAGGCUGGAAGGACACCGGAACCAGAGCCACAACCUAGUGGUUCAGUGGCGCCAGACCAGACAGCCCCGGCACAGCCAGCAGCCUCGGAACACGAGCCAGAACCAGAACCCCUGACCAAGGAACACCCCAGGCCACAACGCACACGGAGGCGGCCAGCAGACCUUGGGGACUACGAAUGCAACUUCCCGGGCAGGACUGGAACUUAGAGGGGAGGGGUGUUAUGUACUGAGCUGAAUCCUAGAACAAUAGGAUUCAGAAUCAGCGGGAGCUACCCAAUCCAACUCCAGGUGGAAGUGAAUCCGCAACCUGAUUGGCCUGCUGGAGCAGCCAAUCAGGCGGCUGGCA